UGGGGCCAGGCCAUGAGCAUGGGCGUGAGGAUGGAGAGCGGCAGCAGGAGGAGCCCAGUGAGCGAAUACCCAGCCAUUCCCAGAUACGGUCCAGCAAGCCCAUUUAAAGGACAUUUAAGUACUCAGAGUAAUGCUUUUUGCAUUGACUCCUCCCGGAGACUAAAUAACCAGUACCUGAUCAGGGAUCACAUGGCUGUUCAUUAUAACAAAAUCCUUUCAGCCAAAGCAGCUGUAAAUAUGAGUUUGCCUAUUGCAGACCAGCAACGGAGAGAGAAACUCAAGAAGGAAAUUGCCAGGUGUGAGAAGGAGAUGAGCUCAGCAAAAAAUGCCUCACGGUCCAGCUCCAGAGGGAGCAGGAGGCCACUGUUAUCCACUUUUGUAAAGAGUUCAUUUGAAGCAGAAGCCAAUGACCAGCUAUCUUCUCACGCACAAAAUGCACAGAAGUAUUUGUCUAGAUCAUUAUUGUCUUCGGACAGGCAAGGCCUGGAUCUUCCCAACCCUGCAAAAUGUGUUAGAAAAGAUACUCGGAAAACAUCUAAUUCAAGUGUCAGUGUUUCAAGUCCACAAAGAAAAUACUCUGGAGUUUCAUACAGUUCUUCUGCUGAAAGUGUUAUGAACAUCAGUCCUUCUCACAAGCAUCAGGAUACUGAAUCCAAAGUGUACAGCGGGGAUCUCCUAGAUAGGCACUCUGACCACUUUACUGACAGCCAUCAACCGUUCACUCCACGCACCUUAAAAUCAGAUGCUAAAUCCUUCCUGUCACAGUAUAGGUAUUACACACCUGCUAAAAGAAAAAAGAAGGACCCCCCCAAGCAGCAGGUGGAAGCAGAAACACAAACUGACUUGAGCAGUUUUCAAUCUGAGACCAGAGAACCUGAGAGAAAAGAUACUACCAUACUGCAGAAGAUCAUAACACAGGCUGAAGUCACGUCUGCUCCAGAUGAGUCUGAGGGAAGGAUGGAUGCUUUUCAGUACUCCUUGCCAAGCGUGACAUCCAUGUAUUCUAUGGAAUCCUCAGCAAUGAGAAAAAUCCAGGCUGAAGAAGAAGAGCUUCGGUAUUUGAGUUUCAUUGAAGAUGUAACAGAUGAAAUUCUGAAGCUUGGAUUAUUUUCCAACAGGGUUUUGGAGAGAUUGUUUGAGCGUCACAUAGAGCAAAAUAAACACCGUUUGGAUGAGAACAAAAUGCGCCACCUACUGGAUGUCCUCAAAGUCGACCUGGGCUGCAGCACAGAGAAAUCUGAGAGAGUCAAUGGCAGCAUGGAAGUGAUUGACCCAUUUGAUCUGGAAAGAUUUGAGACCUUGGACCAGCUCCAAUUUACCAGCAAAAAUUGGAAACAAAAUAAGACUACAAAAAGUGAGGAGUUCCUAAAAGCCAUGGAUUUAUUAUCAAAGGAAACAGACAAACUAAAACACCCCGUACACAGUGAAACUUCAAAGCAGAUGCAUGACAAGGAUAUCUUUUCAAAAGAUAGAACUGAAGUGGUGAGUGUUGGAACAGAUCCUUACUCUUCAGUGCAAUCUGAAGAAGCCCCAGAUAUUUCACACACAUUUGAGCCAACACUGAACUCAACCACGUGUGACAGUGACUUUGAAUCAAAUAAGGAACUUGAUGAUCUUGAGGAAAACUUUGCAGAGGCCCUUCAAAUUUCCUCUAUGUAAAGUAGUAGACAAGAACUAGCUGCAGAACAGGACAGUAGACUGUUGCAGAGAGCUGACGUUUGUUAAAUAAAUGCUAGUGAAUCAUUCAUUUUACCUUUAACUUUUCUCUUUGGACACUGCUAUAGCCUCUCCAGCAGGAGUACAAGUAUUAUUAAUCAGGCUUUAACUGAUUCAUGUACUAACAUACACCUGUAGUGUGUCAAAUGUCACUGGUUAAAAAGGACUUUAUAUAUUUCAGCUAAGUGUCUAAUUUGGAAAUAACUGCUGAAAGUGCUAAAAUUAGAGGUAUAUA